GGUUAGAGAACAAAAGAGGAAUUCCUGCUGCAUCUAAUCAAAGAGCUGAGGCUUCCAGCAGAGAGAACCCAACCAGGAGCAGGAAUUGAUCACAGAACUGAGCAGCAGAGAAAUCCAUCCAGAGGCUGAUAUGAUGAUGGCCCUGAAAGCUAAGCUCCUGUUUAGCUUCCUCUGCCACGUGGCCUGUACCCGUGUGUAUGGCUACCCCACUGAUCCUGGGACUGAGUUCCGCUCUGCUUUCUCUGUGGCUAGAACCAGCAGCAUGGAAGGGAGCGUUGAGAUGGUCAUCACCUUUGACAAGGUCUAUGUGAACAUAGGCAGUGACUUUGAUCCCAAGGCUGGGUUGUUUAGGUGUCGGAUCCCUGGGGCCUAUUACUUCUCCUUCACAGUUGGGAAAUACCCCAAGAAAAACUUGUCUGUCAUGCUGAUGAGAAACAAGAAUGAGGUGCAAGUGAUUGUGUAUGAUGAGCAUCACCGUAAGGAGCGGAAGGUGGCUAGCCAGAGUGCCAUGCUGCAGCUGGACUAUGGAGAUACAGUCUGGCUGCGUUUACAUGGGGACCCUAAGUAUGCCCUCUACAGCAAUGCUGGCCCAUACACAACUUUCAAUGGGUAUCUUAUCUAUCCAGAUACUUCUGCCUACUUCCAAAAUGGUGUAGUCUCUCAGGAGCUGGGGGGAGCUGCAGGGCUGCCCCAUCCAGCUAUACAUCAGCUUUCAGGAGAGCAGAAUGAAGCCUCAGAGGGACACAUGUUGUCUGAUCAGCCUGCUAGAGAACGAGAUCCUCGCUCUGCAUUUUCUGUUGCUCGCUCACAAAGCCUCCUGGGAAUAGAUGAGAUGCAAACCCAGCAUGAGCCAAUCACAUUUGACAUAGAGUUUGUGAACAUUGGAAGGGAUUUCAAUUCCUCAAGUGGCAUCUUCUUGUGCCGUGUGCCAGGCGCAUAUUACUUCUCCUUCACCAUUGGCAAAAUGCCUUUUAAGACCAUGUCAGUGAAACUUAUGAAAAACCACAACGAGGUUCAGGCCAUGAUCUAUGAUGACAACCAUUCCAAGAGGCGGGAGAUGCAGAGCCAGAGCAUUAUGUUACCUCUGCACUACGGAGACACUGUCUGGCUCUACAGCCACCAGCAUGAUGGCUAUGGUGCCUACAGCAACCAUGGCAAGUACAUCACCUUCACAGGGUUCCUCAUCUAUCCAGAGGCUCAGCCAAAGCCACCCCCAAGUCCCAGUUCCCCCACGAGGUCAAAAAUCUAAAUGCAGGUGUGAAAGGAAUGUAAGAGAAGCCAAGAUACAGUGGACUUGGGUGCAGGUCCUGGUUGGAUGUCACCCUCUAUGUGACAAUGUUAAAGAGCAUGCUAAUGUGUUUCCAGUGCUUUCCUUAUGCUGCACGCUCAUGUCCUGGCUGCAGGGCCAUUGCUGUUUCUGUCUUUUAUCUGUAGAAUGAUCUUUGCAGGGGGUAGUGUGUGUCCAGUGUUGCCGUUCAAUUUAAGCAUAAAGCAUGAGGUAGUUUGGUGGCAGGGGCAGUUAAUGAGCUGUUGUGAUUCAGGGAGCCACUGCAGAAAUGCUGGGAGACCUACUGAAGACAAUGCCACCAGAAGGCACAGCAUCUGAUGACAUUCCUUGCACAUCCAAGGGAGGCCUGGGAGAGAGAAAAUGUAAUUGAAAUGAAUUUAAUAAAAGUAAAAAAAUAAAAUGUGCAGGGUUUGCGGAAACAUCCAUUUUUUGUUUAGAUGCUGGACUUGUGUGUAUAGAACUGCCUGCGACACUGAUUCUGGGCAGGAGAGAGGCUCUGAUAUUGUGUGAACUAUUGCAUGUGUUUGUGCUGUGAAGACUGUUAAGCAGAGUUAGAUUGUAUGUCACUGUGCCAGAGUGUAUGUAUUUUGUGGGAGGUCAGGGAAUAACAGGAGGAGGUAUCCAGUGUUGCCAACUCUUAUGAUUUUAUUGCAAAUCCCAUGAUACAGUGUCUGAUGUUUUGCUUAAAGUCUCAGCGGCUGAAAUCCA